AUGGACAACGAUCCCGGUCACCCUUCCGGCACGGUGGCACCUGAAAAGGAAUACACUGCAGAACAGCUAGCUCAGCUCCAAGCUGCAAUGAUGGAAGAGCUUGGUCUCGGCCGAGUAGAUAACCUACAUCUUGCUGAUAAAGGACCCCCUGUCGAAUACUUGCAACCUCUCAAGAAGCCUAAGAAGAUCGCAAAUACAGCAAUUGCUGCUUGGCAUAAUCUCCAUCUUGAAGAACCUGUCGAUCCUACUAAGGCAGAUCUUGAUAACAUCGCUGAUGGACAAUUGUAUCGCUUGAGAAGAGGUGCUUCAUCGGGUGGAUCUCGAGGCAAUAGCGCCCCUAGAGGUGGUCACUUCUCUCAUGGACAUCGUGGUGGCAGUAGAGGAGGUCGUGGCGGAUAUGAACAAGGCGGCAAUGGCUUUGUGAGACAUGAUCGUCAGGACAAGAGACGCUUCGAUUCAGCUUCUACUCCAAAGUCAUUCUUCCAAAAGGCUAGAGAUAAUAUGAAGAGUAGCACUCACGUCGAUAGAGUCAUGGCUCGCCUUCGUGGAGCUAUCGAAUCCUCAGCUCUCAACCCUCCUACACAUCGUCACCCAGGUCACGUUGCUGGUGCUCCACCUGCCAUUAGUCGUCAGUCAAAAGGAAACACUCACAACCGACCCUCUCAGCCAGUUAAUCCACAGCCUAUCCUUCCAGAGCCCGUUCUACCACGGGUCAUGCUCGACAAUGGUGACGGAUUUCUGAAGUGGGCUGGUAUUGGAGAGUCGGUUACAUCAAAGCUUUCAGCUAAGCCAGUCGUUACUACAGCCUCGCAAGCCCAGCUUACACCUCGUACAGACCGGUCUGGCCAGGCUAAAUCUGUCCCUGUGACAUCUGUCAAUGGCGUUACUAGUCAUGCUCAAGACGGUGCUUCAACUAACUCUCUUCGGAGCCAAGGACUGCUGGGUUCGAAGUGGGGUCCUUCUCCAGAACAACCUGCUCAGUCACAGCCCGUGCCUGCUUCACAGCUAGCUUCGAAGUCUCAAGAUAUUUCUGCUUUACAGCAAUCUGUUCAGCCACAAGCCAUUACUUCUCCGCAGAAAAUCCUCAAGUUCGCUGAUGAAUUGGGACUUAAGAAGCCAUCGCAGAUUCCAUCGCGUUCAAUUUUCGAUGAACGAAAGACUUCUCGACGAGUUCCUGUCAAGAUCAUGAAGAAUGGGUCACCCAUACAGAGAGAUGGCGUAGCUAUCAUGAAGAAGAAGAACGAAGCUGACGAAUUCUAUAACAUAGUCCUCAUCGAUUCUUCAAACGAAAAUAUCUUGGUUGAUGAGGCUGUGAAUCAUGAGGCUGUCAUUGAACUUAAGGGUAGUAUUGUCACGUACCGCGCCGCUCAACACACCGGAGAAAAGCCUCCCACUUGGAAGAUCAUUUUUCAACUGCCAAUAUACGCGGCUAGCUUUACAAACUUCGUCUUUCUAGAGCGUCAAUCCUCUGGCUACAUUCCUCGUGCAGCCUCGGAUAGGGAACCCCGCCAAACAGAUCACUCUUCCAAUCUCCAAACUUCAUACAGCGCUCCAGAUGCUAUUGAUGCGUCGAUUACUCAAAACCAACAGACCGAGGCUACCAUGUACCACGACCGUCAGAUUUCUGAGCUUUCACGAUCCCACUAUCAUCCAGGAGACGAGCUCGAAAAUGUUCCGAAGACAGGUGCAUUUGCUCAAGACACUGAAUCCGAGAGUAUUGAAAUGCUGGUCUCACUUGGUAAUGAUGAUCAAACAUAUGUCCCAUCGUCGGCCAUGAACUCAGAUAUCCUUGACCUUUUAGAAGCCGAUGAUAGCAUUCUCAUUGAAGCCCUCUUUGGUUUUCUUGGUGGCGACGAUGAUUUCUUCGACCUGAUGAGCUCAGCUGUCGUUACUCAAGGAGGCAAGCCAGUCAGCCAAAUCUCCUCUGAUGAAUUAAUGUCGGAUCCCAAGUACCAAUGCGUUCUACAGACAGGGGUUUUUCAUUAUCUUUCGUCAUCGGAAACCUUUACUAUGCUUCCAGAAAACCACUGCGCAGCGUACGUUCAGAAUAAGAGUCGUAAGGUCAUGCAACUCGCCAUCUCAAGACGAGGACUUGUCUUGGAGUCGAUUACCUCUGUUACUGAAGACAAUACCGCCGGCACUUGCAAAGUUGAGGAUCUUAACUUUGGAUUACCAAACAAGCAGACAUAUGAUCACAAGGACAAUAUCGAUUGUCAGCCCAUGUCUCGAUCCGAUGAAAAUUCGGUAAAAGUUGAAGACCCACAGCCACUGGAACUUGCGCAGGACACUCGUAUCAAAUAUUCCCCAGACUCGUUGCUCAACCUUCGCAGCCAUGCAAUAGCUGUGGAGAUCAGCGAGCACCCUCCUCGCGAGCGACGUCUUACUAGAGUUGCGACUCCUCAAGUUACGACUGUCAAGGAAUGGCAAGACUUUCACGCCAAAGAAUCAAAGUCAUCCACCCCAGUACCAAAGACUUCUUUAAUUGCGCCCGUUCAGGUAGCAGAUCUACCCCAUGUAUACUCCCAGGAGCCAAAGCCCCCGAUCGGUACGUCUAGUGAGGUCCACAGAGCUGCGCCAGCAGCCCCAGCUGCAAACUUAUGGCAGGCGUUUGCCGCUGAAGAGCUAAAGACCUCAUCUGAGGAUCAAAGCACUUGUGCUGCUGUACCAGCUGUGUUUCCAGCGGGAGAAGAGCCCCAAGCGGUGCAGUCCACUCCGAAAGCUACUAUCUCCACUGCUAGUGUCUCUUCUACCGUACCAAGCACUAUGAUUAGCUCACAGCAGGGUCAACACACAAAUGAUACACUCUGGGCGGCUAUUCUUGGCACUGUUGGUUCCUCUAAGACUGUCGUCCAGCCAAAGCCGCAGGUCCCCAAAAGUAACCUGCACCAUCGUCCAUCGAAGUCCGAUGUUAACGAUAGGCUUGCUAAAGAUUUCUCGGGCUUGAACCUCAACACUCAGACUGUCACUCCAGACAUCAAGCCAACCAUUCCAGUCUUUGAUAAGUCAAUGCCCAUUCCACAACCCGAAGUCAGCGUGCGAUCGACUCCGACUCCAAGAUUGUCUCGUGGACCGCCCAAUCGAAACUCUACACCUGCAGAAAUUCCAGCGGUUUCUGAAACAUCGUUGAAUGCUCCACAGACUGAUAUCAAAGUGCAAUCAACUCCAGAGUCAAGUUUGAUGCCUCGUGGCCAAUCUUCUCUUCAGAGCUUUAUUCCUAUUGCACUUACCCCAGCCAGCCAAGCCAUGCAACACAAGAUCACCGCAGCGCUGAAGCAGCCUCUGGUGGCUUCGCCAAGAUUAUCUCCUGCUAACAGCUUCACAAGACCUUCGUCUGCAGCUGGGUCAAUGCAAGAUACAGAGCCCCAAUUAAAGAAAGCUACUGAUGUAAAUAAGGAGAUGAUCGGCAGUCUCCCAGUCACUCAAGUAAAGAUUGAGCCCGAGCUGAAGUCUGGCACGAGUACCAGUGGUGUUUUACCUCCUCCUAUAGUCAUGGCAGCAAAGAGUCAAGAGGCACCACCUGCUGAUCACGAAGGACCAGUCAAGAACCCCGCCUCAAGCGUCCUUGCGACCAGUUCAGGUUGUCGCCUCGCAGCUGCGGCUGAACCAGUCAAUCCAAGUAAUGCUUUCGACGAGACACUCAGCAAAGUAUUGAAUGGUGCUCCUGGUCUCUCGGCUUCGAAGUGGGCUGAUGAAUGUGCCACUCCUCAGGUCAAUGACCACCCCACCCCAAGAACUCACUCUUCAUCCUUUCAGUCAACUCAACAAACUCCAUACUAUCCACAGGGACCACAUUUGAACCAGGUUCCAGCCCCAGGAUAUACGCCCAUGGCUCCGGUUCUAGCCACUGUUGUGGUUCCGGAUGGGGCUGGUGGAUGGAAGGAGGUCACUGGUAUGAUGAAAACCGGUUCAGUUCCAAUCGUUGCGCAUGCUCCGAUCCCACAGAGUGGUGAUACCUACGUUGAGAAUGUUCGCCCUUCAAAUGGACACUCGAGUUACUCCGGUUACACAGCAUCUUCACACUUCCCGGUCCGUCCUAGCUCGUUUCAACACCAUUCGUCCUUUAGCUCUGCUAAUCCGGAGAGCAAGAUCAACCCUGUUGCGCCCUCGUUCAAGCCAUCCCCUCAACGUUCCCAGGGAUCUACUCCUGUCGGUCAGAAACAGCCCCUCACACCAAGCAAGAACAUCCAGUCACAGCUUCAAUCGAGAUUGAAUAGCAGCAUGACUGGCCCUCGCAUGUCCUACCUAGGUCCCCAGUUGUGA